CUGCUAGGACAGUUAAUCAUCGAUCACCAUCUGCUCCUGCAUCGCCGUCUUCCUUCUGCUUGCAGAGCUUCCUACAUUCGCCGGCUAUCUCUUAACUCUCUCCCAAGUCCCAACCAACUUCCUCUAGUAAUCUCUCAUGGCAAACUCAGACGAAGAAAAUCAACUUCCGUUUCCUGCAAUCCCUAAAAAUGGCCCCAAUACGAAGAAUUUUUCCAAUGACGACGAUGAAGACGACGACUCCGAGGAAGUUGAUGAUGACGAAGACAACGACGAACGGGAGCUUCCUGCUCGAGUCCAUGAUGUGAUAAUAAGGGGCAAUACGAAAACCAAGGAUUGGGUGAUCGAGGCUGAGGUGGAGGGGAUGAAGAACGCCACGACUAUGCAAGAGCUGGUAGAAGCGGCCAAAAUUGCCAAUGCGAAGCUUCAUAGCCUCCAGAUUUUUGAUGCAGUCAAUAUUAAGCUUGAACCAGGACCACCAGAGUUGGCUAGUACUGCCAAUGUCAUCAUUGAGGUCUCAGAGACCGACAGCAACCCUUCUGGUGAAGUCGGCAUUUAUUCAAAACCCUCGGUUAGUUCUUGGUCUCUCGAAGGUGCGUUAAAGUUCAAAAACUUGUUAGGCUAUGGUGAUCUGUGGGAUGGUUCUCUAGCAUAUGGUCCCAAUCAAACUUCAGAGGUGAGUGUUGGGGUGUUUGUGCCUCGAUUGAAAGGAUUAUUAACCCCUGUUGUGGUACGAGCAUUCAUGCAUUCCCAAGAUUGGCAAGAGUAUUCUUCAUACAAAGAGAGAUCGUCUGGCAUGUCUCUUGGCUUAUUUUCAACUAAGCACCAUGACUUAGUAUACAAUCUUGGAUGGCGUACCAUAACAGAUCCAUCACAAAUAUCAUCCAGAUCUAUUAGGAGGCAGGUUGGACAUAGUUUAUUGUCAUCUUUGAAAUAUACAUUUAAGAUUGACCAGAGGAACUCAACAAUUAGGCCUACAAGAGGAUAUGCUUUUCUUUCUACAACUCAAUUAGGUGGCCUUGCACCAGAUCACAGGAGCUUGCAGUUCCUGCGUCAGGAGUUUGAUGUUCGAUAUGCCAUUCCUUUUGGGUUUUUUCAAACAGCGCUCAACCUUGGGAUCUCUGCUGGUGUCAUUUUUCCAUGGGGCCAUGGGUUCUUGAACAAGCCUUCUCCCCUGCCAGAAAGGUUUUUCUUGGGCGGCGAUUUCUCUCCAGUUUGCGCCCUAGGAGGGCCAACGACAUUAUGGGGAUUCAGGACAAGGGCAUUGGGCCCUAGUGAGCCGCGAAGACAAAGUAGAGAUGGAAAUAAUGAUGACAAUGUCGAUUCCUCUAGAAGGGACUUCAUUGGAGGAGAUCUUGCCGUUACUGCUUUUGCAGACCUCUCUUUCGAUCUUCCAAUCAGCUGGUUAAGAGAACAUGGAAUCCAUGGACAUGUUUUUGCUGGUGCUGGGAAUAUUGCCAAUUUAGCUGAGAAUGAAUACAGGAAGUUCUCUUCUAAAAAAUUUUUGGAAUCAUUUCGAACGUCUGUGGGAUGUGGAAUUGUUAUUCCAACUAAAGUUUUUCGGCUGGAGGGUAAUUUCUACUACAUACUCAGGCAGCAUGAGCAUGAUCGUGGAAAGACUGGUUUUAGGCUGAGUUUCUCGGUUCCUUCAUAGGGCCUAAGAGUUUAGUUUGGUACGUGCUGAGUGAUUUGGCAAUCUGGGCUUGACACACAGCACAAUAAAGCAAUCGAACUUCAUUUUUCAGAUUUACUUUGGAGUUCUUUUUUUUUUUUUUGGGCUCUGCCCCGGGAUAAUCUUUCUCUCUCUCUGUUUUUUUUUUUCCCUUGAUUUAAUUUCAGAUUGAAAUUUUAGAAAAGGGUAUUGUUUUGUGAUAUAUCACCCUUCAAGUUCCAUUAUCAAUAGAUGAUGUUUAUGGCAUAUCAGAAGUCUAUGACAAUCAACUUGCCCACACUAAUGUACUGUUACAAAAUG